UCUGCGAGUUGUUUAAACUCUUCGUCGUCUUUUUAAAUUCAACGUUUCCGGUGUCUUGUGUGUUAAAGAGAGAGAGAGAGGGAGAAGGGAAGAUGUCUGGAGGUAUAGCGCGUGGUCGUCUUGCGGAGGAGCGAAAAUCUUGGCGGAAGAAUCAUCCCCAUGGUUUUGUGGCAAAGCCAGAGACACUGCCUGAUGGUACGGUGAAUUUGAUGGUUUGGCAUUGCACUAUCCCUGGUAAAGCCGGGACUGAUUGGGAGGGUGGUUUCUUCCCACUUACUCUUAACUUCAGUGAAGAUUACCCCAGCAAGCCACCAAAGUGCAAAUUUCCGCAGGCUUUCUUCCAUCCUAACGUCUAUCCAUCGGGAACUGUUUGCCUAUCUAUACUUAAUGAGGACAGUGGGUGGAGACCAGCCAUUACAGUGAAACAAAUCCUUGUUGGUAUCCAAGAUUUGCUGGAUCAGCCUAAUCCUGCAGAUCCUGCUCAGACUGAAGGCUAUCAACUCUUCAUCCAGGAUACAACUGAGUAUAGGAAAAGAGUCCGUCAGCAGGCCAAGCAGUAUCCACCUCUUGUUUAAUGUGAAAUUUCUUAUUUUAAAAGAUAAUUGGUAACUCUUAGUUACCUAAUCUUUUAUGUGUUAAGACUUGCUUUCCAUAGAGAUUACCGGUACUCGUAAAUCGUAAUACUCUAGCGGUCUGAAUGCGUGACCGCCUGAUUGAACUGGCAUUUCGCCUUGCAUGAAUAUUUUUUUUUCAUAUUUAUUAGAUGUUGCUUAAUUGUGUUUUUAUUAGUCACUAUGAACAUAUUAAUCGAAGUUUGGGAUUUCUAGCUUGAGUC